AUGGCACCAAAGAUGAGAGAUCUAUCAUUUGCGUUGAAGGUACACCUGCUGCUGUUGGUGCUCGGAGGUGCCAAGUGUGUACCACACGAAGGAUACUUUUAUCCACGGCCAACGCCACAGUGUUUGCCGGAAAUCUUUACCGAAACGGUCACGGAUUAUGCGACCGAAACGUUGAACCACUUCUUCACGGACGUCAACACGGUAUACUUGACGGAUUAUUUGACCUCGACUGUGGUAAACCCGGUACUGAUCACCUCCACCGAGUAUGCAGUCUCGACGGUGUUUGUACCGCAGCUGGAAUAUGUGACCGAAACAAGCACGCUCGUGCUGCAACCGAGUCCCGUGGUGCAGUACGUUACCGAAACCGUGGUCUCAACCGUUUUCGCGCAGGGUGACUUUAGUGGGGGUGCGGUGAAUACUUAUCUGCCACCGGAUCCGGUCCCCGUACCGGUCCCGGUUCCGAACCCGGUAAUCAUCAACAGCGGUCUUCAGGUACAGCAUCCCCCGCCACCACCACCGCCACCGUACAUUCCACCACCGCAGGUGUCACUCCCACCGGUGCUGGAGCACCCCGUGACCCAUCAACCAUUUCUGGCGCUUGGUGAAAGCUUCGAAGGACACCGAUUGCUCGGUGAACCAAACCAUGACGUCGAUGAGUUUGGAGGAGUCCACUCGCUACCGAACGUGCAUGCAGUACCGCCGACGUACGAUGAUCAUGAGGGUUACCGGUACAAACGCAAGCUGAACGAAGAGACGACGAAACAAACGCCAACUCCGACCACUUCGCCAAAGUCGACGUGA